AUGCGGAACUCCAAAGGAAGACGAAAUAAUAUUAAAUCACCACCGACCACUGUAUGCUACUGCAACGGAAAACGUGAACUGGGAAGUGUCGAAAUAGUUUGUUCGCAAUGUUUGAAGUGGUUCCAUGGGCGCUGCCUCAAAGAAUGUAACGAAUUGCAAAAUAAUGGAGUUCCGUUCAUGAUUUGCUAUACGUUUACCUGCAAGGAAUGUCGUCCGAGUUCAGAAGAUUGGAAAGCUAAGAAAGCUGAACUUGUUCAUAUGUGUGUUACUGUGUUCGCCUCGAUGACCGCAGAAAAGUUAAAAUGUGACGGAAAAUUGUCGGCAGACACAAUUCCAGAAGAAUUGACGUUCUUUAGUUUAAAGGAGAAAAUAAUACCAUAUAUGGAUGAAAACUGGAAUAUGCUGACAUCGAUUAAAAAACGAGGAACUUGGCAUCAAAACUUGGCCGCAACACUUCUCAAAGAGAAAAAUCUUUUUGCGCAAGACGAAAACAAUCCAGAUCUGUUUGCACUCGCGGAACGAAAUUUGACGUUACUUGGCCCAUUACAUGAAGCAGUCAAACAUAUUGGAAAACGAGCUCCGGUCGAACGGGGGCCUCGAGAGGAGCGAGUAAUUGAGCUACCGCCGAUUGAGGGUCCGAAAACGAGAGGAGCAAGUAAACGAAGAAAUGCUGAAGGUCCCGCUCCUUCGAAAAAACAAAAACUAGCCUCCGAUUAUUCUUCUACAGCCAUCGCUGGUAGUCAAAUAGAUAUUCCGUACAGUAAAGAUGGGUAUAGAUAUUAUUUCACAGAAAAGGAUCCAAACGUCUUUGAAAUAGCGCCUGUUGAUGAAAAAACAACAUUUGUGAUUCCUCCAGAACAAUAUCGAAUUGUAACUCAUCCAAUUGUUGCUAUUUCGUCGAAUGACCGAGCUUAUCAGUUGGGUCUUGAACAAAGUGUUGACGGUAACGAAAACCCUUGCUGGCUGGUUACCGGCCAUGAAGGGUACGCAAUGGCUCGCGCGACUCAUGGAGUCACCAAAGGCACCUGGUAUUUUGAAGUGAAGUUCGAGGAACAACCGGCUGAAUCGCAUAUUCGUAUCGGAUGGAGUCAAGCAUAUGCUGCACUUCAAGCAUGUGUUGGCUAUAACAAAUUUUCGUAUGGGUGGAGAUCGAAGCACGGAACGAAGUUCCACGACGCUCGAGGAAAAACGUACUUCAGGAAAGGUUUCAAGGAAGGCGACGUUCUUGGAUGCCUUAUUCAUCUUCCAACAGAUUCGAAUACAGGAGUGCCGCCUUCGACGAGUUCUGAGGAAUAUUUGCCACCUUCUCACAAAAAUGCGACGCUGAUUAGCUUUAAAAAUAAUUUAUUCUUCGAAGUUCAUGAUGAAGCUGCGGAAAAGGCAAAACAUCUGAAAGAACUGCCUGAAAGCAAGAUUGAAUUCUUCCACAAUGGAAAGUCAUGUGGUGUUGCAUUCGAGAAUAUUUAUGGCGGCUGUUACUUCCCGGCAGUCUCACUAUUUCAUAAAGCACGGGUUAAUGUCAAUUUUGGGCCCAAGUUUGUUAAUUUACCUCAGGGAGCCAAAGGAAUGCAUCUACGGGCCGAAGAGCAGCAACAUGAGCAAACUCUCAGCGAUAUUCUGCACCUGGUUGCAAUGAAAACUUAA